AUGCUGCUCUCCGCGUUGCUGCUCCUUGUCAUGGGUAAGACAGCAGCAGCACCGCCCGCCACCUUUGUUGGCGGCUGUCGACUCCGCCUGGCUGCGUCUGAGAGCGGCGGUCGGAUGUCAGCAGGCGGCGGGGGCAUCAGCCACAAUAGGGAUCGGGUUUGCCUCAUGGCCGCUGCUGGCGAAGAGAAGGAGGAGGAGAAGAUGGAGCUUGCGGCAGAGGUGGUAGGUGCGGUGACGAAAGCGACGGUGGGGUUCGCCGUGGACCGUGCUGCGGCGACGGUUUCCGAAGAGCAGGGACUGCCGCCGCGCACCCGAGCGGCCUCUCAACAAGAGUGGGCGGGCGCCAAGCGGAAGGCCCUCGUGGGCCUCCUUGGCAACUUCGUGGCCUUUCUCAAGACCGAUGACGACGCCUCGCCCCCGGGAAACCCGCCGACGCUGACGGCGGAGGGGCGACAGGAGGGGGACCGAUUCGGCGGGGGCAACUCCGCUGACCCCCAUCAAAGCAGCGGCGGGGGGGGGUCUUCUCGAUCGGCGUCGCCCCCUAGCAAAGAGACCGUUGCAGGCGUUAUGGUGAACGGUUACUGGUUCCCUUCGCUUGACGCUGCUGCCAAGGCUCCCGCUGGCAAGGGCUUCGACUUCGCAGAGGCUGCGGCAAACGCGGCUGCCGAGGCCGCUCGCGCUAAGGAGAGGCGUCGAAAGAUGCAGGCCGCGAAACGCCGGGCCGCAGAACUCGCACGACCCAAAGGCGUGGACUUUACGUGUGGCGCUGUUCUCCUGUCCUGCCCCGCCCGACACGACAACUCCGGCGAAGGUGUUGCUGGCGAUGACGACGGGGUCUUGGAGGGGGUGCGGCAGGAGGAGGAAGAGGAGAAGAAGGGGGCGGUGCGGCUGCCGCUGUGGCGCCGGUGGACCGUGACCGUUUUGGAGAGGACCGGGUUGAUGGCCCGCGCGCAGCAGGCUGGACUCCGUUCCAAGAAUGCCGCGGGAGGCCUUAAUGAUGGUGGCGGGCGUGGCGGGCGCGGAAUUGGCCAAGCGCGAGAUUGCCGCACAGGCACACGGGUGGAAGCGCUAGAGGAGCCCGUCAGAGGACCAGCGUGGGCACUUUUGAACGAGACCUACAGAAACGUGGAGGCGCGAGGCCUCGAGCUGGUCGAGUCCGAUUGGGAUUUCGCCGCCAUCAUCACCAAGCAGCUUGCGGAAUGGAAGCGUCGGGGUGUGGGCAACAGCUACCAGGAGGCGCUGCUGAAGGAGGUUAUUGAGCUCCAGACGAGGGCACUGCUGCGGCCCAUCUCUCUGCCCGCGGAGGAGGGGAGCUUGAUGGUCCAGCUGAACGCGACCUACCGGAGCAUCGAGGAAUCGAUAGGGAGGCUUCUGCCAAAGCAGACAAAGGAGCAACUGUCCCUUCUAGAAGCGUUGGUCAGAAAACUGGACGACAAGGGCAUCGGAGAGCUCUCGUUCGACGAAGUGUACCGUGCCCUCCUCCUCGGCGCCGUGCCGCCGGCCCUUGUCACGGACGCCGUCCGGCUGCUGGCCGCGGGCAGGCCCGGCGAGGGCGGCGGGGCUGCGUUUCUGUCCGGGGAGGCGGCGGCGCAGGCGUACUACGGCAGGGACGGGGGGGCGGAUGGGUACCACCCUGAGGAAAUGAAGCGUUGGGUCGAGGUGGACGAAGAAGGAGAGGACGGUGCGACCGUCGGCCAGCUCGUCGUAUUCUACUACCUGAAGAUGACCCGGCUCGUCCGAGCACAACGGCUUCCGUCAAGGGGCGUGCCCGCUGGUAAAUCGUCGAGGGUCCUGCCGCUGACGCCCACUGUGAGACGGUUGGUUGUCUUCCAGGUGACCCUGGCCUCGCUGGCGGCGAGGCUUAACGACACACAGGAGAUCUCGCGCGUAAUGACGUACACGGCUCUUGCGGCAGAAACGGAGGUCAUCGAGAACCUCAGAGAAGUGCUCGCCGGCUUGCAGAGCAACAUCCGCAGGUCGCUCGAGGACAUGGAGACGGAGUUGAGGCAGCCGCCACCCCCAAGCGUCCUGCAGGGAGCAGCUUCCUACGCCAACAACGUGGCGAGGUUAGCCGUAGCGGUCGCCAUCGACGGUUUCAACAACGCCUCGAGGGUUUUCGACGCGUCUUUCGAGGCGUUGGCGGAGCCUUCCAGGAGGACCCUCCUUCGGUCCACCGAGUUGUUCCCGUGGCAAACCUGGCAUCAGGCCUGGACCAACAUCACGAAGGGCGAGGACAACCUGUUCGCCACCGCGGAGCCGAGGCUCCUCGAGGCUGCCCUCGACGGCGGCGGUGGCGACCACCACCGCCGCCACCACUCUCUGGCGGACCACGGGACACGCAACGACGAGGACGGCCUUAACGGGGGCUUUGACCCCUCGGCGUUGCUGACAAGCGGCGGUAGCAGCCGGAGGGAUAGGGGUCGUCGCGGUGCCGGGGUUGUGGGGGAGCCCGCGGUAGAGGGGCCUGGUGGGGGAGGGGCGCGGCCCGGGCGUAGAAGAGGUUUGAAGAGGUGGAAGCCGGAGAUUGCGGCGGAAUCUCCAGGGUCUGGAGAGAGGGGGGGGCAGGGGGCCUGCCACGGGUAGCGGUAGAGACAGAUCGAUUGAGCCUCGGAGAAGGAGAUGGAAAGAGUGACUAGAUAGCGGGGGUAUGGCAAAGGCUCGAGCUUGUGAUGUAUUGUUUGCGCCCCCGCGAAUGAAUGUGCUUGUGUCGUUGUUUCGGGAUGAACUAGUCGGACUAACUCGUCUCGGCAUCCUAGAUAGAGCCACCGAGAGGCGAUUGCGAGAGGCACAGCCUGCUUAAUCCGGAUUUUUGUGCUCCUGGUUUUCCUGAGAUGUUGAUAUUUUGGCGUGCUAUGUAGUGUUUCAUCUCGGGGAAGAUGCUUCCGGUGGCAGUGUUGCUAGGACGCGCAUGUGGAAUGCCAGUCUGGGAGUGAGUGCCGCCCGGCACGGUAUAGACUAUUUGAGACAGCCUGUCGUGUGCACGCCUCCACUCCCCUGGGGCACGACGCGGUGCUGGCGGCGCCUUUGUUACGUACCACGCCGCGAUAACUGGAUCUAUAAAGGAAACUGUUUAUGUGCUGUUUGUGAGGGGGGCUUGUGUUCGACGGCCGUAUCUGUCGUCGAAACAUUUUUUUUAUUUGUUUUGUGUUUGUCGUUUUGGGCACACAUGUAUGCCCAGUCGGGGUUCGUGGCGACGUGUGUCUGUAAAUAGUGUUGAAGCUAGUGAACA